AUGAAUAACGAGGAAACGUAUAUGCCAGAAUGUUCUUCAACAGUCCCGCUAAUCCCACAUAGCAUUGGCAGUAUCGGGAGCGGUUUCAGUGAUGGCCUCUCUGAUGCGGAAGAUGACGGAGUCAGCGCUCUCUCAGCGUACUCUGCCAUAGUCUCUACACCUGCAACUACAACACUAGCUGAUAGCAUAAUUGGGAACCCCACCGAAGAAGUUGUCAAAGAGAAAGGAGAGGGGAAAAUCUGUUCAAAGAGUGUCCACGUUAGAGAAAUUUCAAAUCCAUUACAAAGUGGAAUCUUGCAUCUUCUAGAAUACUUUAAAUUCCUCUUCGAUGGAUUAUUGAACCUAUCUUUUCUAUCUUUAGGGACCAUAUUUUUCGUUGAUGUCUAUAUCGCCUGUGCCCUAAUCACCUUACUUAUUGAAUGUGCUUAUGCAUUGACGGCUAAAAACCCGCUCAAAUUUCAUGAGAAGAACGCGCUACUUGAAAGAUCCGAUUAA